AAGAAGAGACUCUCCAGCCCAGAAGCUCUCUUUCUCUCACACUGAGGGAAAAGCAGCAGCGAAAGCUCGCUCGCAGACGCAUUUCCAGUCGAAGCGUCACUGGGUCUGCAACAGGUACGCGGCAGCAAGAGUGUGUGGCAAUAUUCUGUGUCAAGGCGCUCUCGAGUGCAUCGUCUGCCGUGGAGAAUUGAAUUUGAUGAUGGCGCAAGAGGAUGUGCUGUGGAAAUAGUGUGUGAUCGUGGCGGGCGAGGGCGCUACGUGGGGGUCAAGUGGCUGGCCGGAAGGAUCAGUGUUUGAGAAAACAGUUGUGAUAAUAUGCCUGCAGCGACGAUGUUCUCAAAGUUCAAAAGUGGCACAGCUGCUCCACAGAAUCCAAUCGACAGCAAUCCCAUAUCGCAAUAUUUCGAAAUUGGCCGACAAACAGCAGCAGCUGGACCGGAAUUGGUGUGGAAAAUAUAUGAGGCUUACAAGAAAUCCGACGGCAAGGAGUGCUCAAUAUUCCUGUUUGAGAAGCGAUGUGCGGAGAAGCUGCACAAGCCGAAGCGCAAGGAGACGGUCACGGAGCUUCUGCGGGCCUCCGUAAAGCAACUGGAGCGAUAUCGCCAUCCGAAGAUGCUGCAAGUCAUCCAUCCUGUGGAGGAGUGUGGCGACACAUUGGCCUUCGCCACCGAACCAAUACUCGCCAGUUUGGCCAAUGUGCUGGCUUUUCAGGAGUCGGGCGGCGGCAUCACGGGACCACCGAGCACUGGAGCCUCGCAGGUCACCCCACCGCCGGGUGCAGCACCAAAAGCCCCGCACGCCAAGGAGUAUCGAUUUCUCGAUAUUGAACUGAAAUAUGGAAUAUUACAGAUCAUCGAGGCCUUGUCAUUUCUUCACUAUUCUGGCCAUGUGAUACACAAAAAUGUCUGUCCCUCAUCAAUUCUGGUGACAAAGAAGGGAACGUGGAAGUUGGCGGGCCUGGAGUUCAUUGAGCACGUCACUGAGUCAGAUGCAGUUGAACCGAUUAUUUGUCAACCGUGGAGUUCGAGGCAGUCGAAGAUGAUGCAGCCAAAUCUGGACUUUAUGGCUCCUGAAAUUCAAAUCCGCUCAAGUUGCAGCAUUCUCAGUGAUAUGUUCUCAUUAGGAAUGGUGAUUUGUGCAAUAUUCAAUCACGGUCGACCACUAAUUCAAGCAAAUAACUCCACUUCAGCGUAUUUAAAGCAAUUAGAACUGUUGGACGAUGGUGUGCACAACAUGCUUCCGCGCGUUCCAAUUCCACUGCAAGAAGCAACAUCUCGGCUCGUGAGCAAGGAACCCACCGCUCGACCGACCGCUCAACUCCUUCAGCUGAUCAAAUAUUUCGCCGAUCCCGCAGUCCAUGCCCUCCAGUUUCUCGAUGUGAUAAACAUGAAGGAUUCGCCGCAGAAGGUGAACUUCUACCGGACAACACUCAAAGACGUCCUUCCCUACAUUCCCAGGAAAUUGUGGUGGCAGCACGUCUGGCCCUCCCUUCAGCCCGACCUCAAGACGCAGGACUCUCUGGCAGCCGUCCUGCAGCCCAUCCUCGUGCUGGUGCAGGAAUCUACCGUCGAGGAGUACGAGGAAACUAUUCUGCCCAUUUUUCGCUUCCUCUUCGUGUCGCCUAAAACUGUCCAAGCCACGGUGACGCUGCUGGAGAAUUUGCAUUUAAUUCUGCUGAAGACGUCCCGCGACGAGAUCCGCCUCGAGAUCCUCCCGCUCCUCUUCAAUGCCUUCGAGAGCACCACAAUUCAGGUGCAGAACGCCGCCCUCGUGGCUGUCAUCAAUGUGUACGAGUAUCUGGACGAGAUGGCCAUCAGGCGGAUGAUCCUGCCCAAGAUGAAGCUUGUUUUCGAGAAGAACCAGAGUGACCUUAAGAUUAUGGCGAAUGUGCUGCAGUGCAUUGAGAAAAUCUUCGACAAGCUGGACAAGUCGCAGAUCAUCGACGAAGUCCUCCCGCUGCUGUGGGAGGUGCGCCUCUCCGAUCCCGAGAUAAUCCUGCGUGUUGUGCACAUCUACAGAAUAAUGCUGAGCGACAAGAAGUACGGACUGUCCGUGAAUAUUAUGGCCACCAGAGUGAUGCCGUCUCUGCUUCCGCAGACCGUCAAUCCCUCGCUCAAUCUCGAGCAGUUCACCAUCUUGCUGGAAGUGUUGCAGGAGAUGCUGGAUCACAUUGAUCGGCAGCAGCGCAACAAGCUGAAGCUGGACAAUCUGUCCAUUCCAUCUCCGGAGCGUCACAGACCACUGCGACACCAGUUCUCCUCGGACAAUAUGCAUGUGCCGCCCUUCAACAUCCCCAAUUUGCGCAUCGACCAACGAAAGACCUCCAGCGCCGAGGACAUGGCACGAAAGAAUUCAACAGGAUCAGGCAUGCUAGGCGGAUGGUGGUUCGGUGGCUCCCCCUCUUCGCCGGACAGCAACUUCCUUCGCGUGGCGAAUGCGUUCCCGAACCGCCGCCUGUCGGACAACACGCUAAUGACGCCCAAGAUCCGCAUCGCGCCAUCCUGCGCCUCGUCGCCGGGCGGCACUCCCGGCGGCGGCCUGCCCAUUCGGCGCCACUCCAGCAUUGGACCACAGGAGCGCCGCAGCUCCGCCAUCAAUCUCUCCCCACCGACUGGCGGAUCCAUGCCGAACACGUCGAGCAGUGUGCCCUUCCUGCUCUCCUCCAGCAUGCAGUCCAUCCGCUCGCGGAGACCAUCCACCUGCUUGUCGUCCGGGCCGCUGGGCUCUGGAUCCGGCCUCCUGCAGCAACUCGGCUCGGGCAUGUACCAGCUGUUCUCCGGUCGAACAUAAAAUGUUUUCCCACCCCCUUCGUGAACAUGUGAACACUCAUACGAUCACACACUGAGCGCUUAUCACGGUUAUCACGUGCGUUUGAGAUGCCGACGCGCCACAAAAAUGCUCUAUGUUCUGGUAUGGACAGUCGGGGUGUCACUCUGUCUCCCUGACUCGAAAUCAUUCUAUGAAUUUAAUGCAAUCAGCAGCGGAAAUGAUAACGUACAGCAGAAGUGAAACAUAAUUUUAGUGUAGUGAAAGAGGAGAUAAUAUGACAACUCUCUGUGUGUUCUGUUGACAUUCUCUGGAAUUUUUGUCUCUAUAGUUUUCCAUACUAAAUUUUCCCAAUAUUGCUUGUCACUCAUUCGCAUAGGAAAGAGAUAAUGCGAGGAAAAUGAAAAAAAAACAUGAAUGAGGCAAUUUCCCAACCCAUUUUCCUCCUGCUGCACUCAGGCGAAUCAUAGUGAAAUACAAUGUGAAUUAAAAAAGUCAAGGGCCAAAUGGUGAAGGCAUGAGGAAAAUAUAAAAGUAUUCAAGUAAAUAAGAAAGGAAGAAAUAUAUGAUAAAAUCAUGAAAAUUGACUAUUUUUCUCUUCAAACACAUAGAAAAGUAAGGCAAUAAAGAAUAAGAAGCAUCCUUCAAAGAGGAUUCACAAAUUGAAAUUUAUACACAUUGCAGCAAAGAAGAAGUAACACCUCCACUGCAAGAUAUGCAAUACUUGGAUUUCUAUCUAAUCUAUAUUACUCUAGUCUAGAGCAAUAAUUAUUACACUUUAAUUAAUCUACUUUUUUCAUCCUGCUAUCAUUUCCUCACACAUUCGCCCAGUCGACGUUUUUGCACAUGUAAAAUCUUCACACGAGCUUCCUUCUCACUCCUUUCAGGAGCAGAAAAUCCAUUUUUAUCAAGAAAAAAAAACCUUAUUUUAAGAACAUAUUCAAUUGACAGAUUUUAAAGUGUCUUAUAUGAAUUUAUAUUGCAUCGACAGACAAAUGAAAAUAUACUUAUUCACCAAGGAAAACAUGUGCACAAUGGCAACUGGGUCAAUUCUUACUCUGUCCUUUUUGCAAAACUCAAACAAGAGCUAGAGAAAGCAGUCUUUUGGAAACGUUUAUAUCCACGUAAAAUUUUGCAUUCAUAAUCACCUGAUUUUCCUUAUUUAUACUUCUCACUCUCUCUCCUGAGUUUCCCUCACCGCUAUUUUCUCUGUCUUCUCUUUGGAUAUGUAUUAAUCUCAAAUUCCAUCAACUCUCAUUUUUCCUCAUUUUGGAGCAAAAGAUUUCUCAAAAAAGAUCUCACACUCAAAUGUGUGAGAAAUGUACCAGAAUUUCAAGUUAUAUUUUUGUCCUCAACCAAAAAAAACAAACUGUUUUUUCACCCUUCCUGACAAUAUUUAUCUGUUUUUCAUUUAUGCAAAAUAAACAAAAAAAACUAUAUUAUAAAAGAGAAACUUUACAAUUUCGAAGUUCUUCGAGAAAUUCUGGUAAUUAUACAAAUACUUAGACAAGAAUUACAACAUAAACUUUAAAAAUUAAAGAAAGAAAGAAAAAAAACCGUGAAAACUCCUUUUGUGAAGAGAAAUUUAUAAUAUAUUCCAUUAAGUGUGCAAACAUUUCAUAAGAGAUAAGAUGAUAUUCCAUAUAUAGAGAGAAUAUUUCACAGAAAUCUAUAUAAUUGUUAUAAAGUGUUUAAAAGAAAGAUGAAUACAUAUAUAUAUAUAUAUAUUUUAGGGUAAAGUGAAGAUAUAGAUUUUUGAAAUAUGAGGAAUAUAUUGCAAGUUGAAGGGAGUUUUAGCAAACGGGGCCGGAUUCCCGUUGAUUUUAACCCUCACGCUGGUCGUGAUAUUUAGAUAAUUUUCAAUUAUUCAUAUCAAUUUAAAGGAAAGAUAUAAAACAUAAUUUUGUCACAUAAAGAAAAUUCUUGUUUUUAUUAAUUAUAGCUGCCACUCAUCUUAAUGAAGAAGUAAAGAGAUAGAAUGUAAUUUGAAAAUAUUAAGAUAAGUAAUAUUGAAAAAAAAA